CCCAAAUUCCCCCGACUCCCCCCAUCCAACGAAGUGACCCACCCAACUAGGCAACUAGAGACUUGUCACGGGAAAUCAGAAGAACCGCUGCUCUGGAGUGGAGACUGUGAAGUCGUGAAGGACGGAAGGACGACGACGAAGGACUGAGCGUCUUCCUCCGCCACCAAGCGCCAGCGCCAGGCCGCCACUGCCCCACGCCUCUCACCUCCAGUCCUCUGACUCCUCUCCAACGCCUCAACACACCACGAUUCAUUCAUCGCCCAGGUUUAAUACACAGCGCAAAUAUGUUCUUUACGGAAGAAGAGAAGACGACGGUAUUUACGGUUCAUAAGACUGUGAUGAGUAUGCUGCGAGACAGGGGCUACAUGGUUGAAGAUGCUGAGAUUAAUUUGACUAGAGCGGAUUUUAUUGCCAAAUAUGGUGACCGUGUGACGAGAGAGAACCUCGAAAUGCAAAAGGAGAUGCACAACGACAGUUCUAAUAAGAUCAUGAUUUUCUACCCCAACGAUAGCAAGAUUGGUGUUAAGAAUAUAAGAGGUUGUCUUCAACGCAUGAAAGCAGAAGAUAUCACCAGGGGAAUUUUGAUUCUCCAAAAGAAAUUGGCUCCACAAGCUCGUGCCUGCAUAGCUGCAGCAUCUUCAUUAUAUCUCAUCGAUGUUUUUGAGGAGGCCGAAUUAUUGUUCAACAUAAAGGAGCAUGAACUUGUUCCUGCUCACCAGCUGCUUACAACUGAAGAAAAGAAGAGAUUGUUGGAGAAAUAUACUGUCAAAGAAUCACAGCUGCCGCGGAUAUUUGUGAAUGACCCUGUUGCCAAGUACUAUGGGCUAAGGCGUGGUCAAGUUGUGAAAAUCACCAGGGAAAGUGGGACCGCAGGGGACUAUGUUACGUAUCGGUAUGUUGUUUAAACUAAGCUUGUAUUCCUUUCUGAAGACAGGAAUGUAAACUAUGGAAUUGGCAUACCAGUUUUUAUGUCUCAAGGAGAACAGCGUGCGGCAGCCUCAACCUGGAGUUUCCUUUCUUGGAGUUGGUGUUAAAUACACUAGAUAUCUGUGAACUUAUUAUAAAUGAGUUAAGUUAGGGGCAAGAAGAUGCUCAAGUAAAUGUUAGUUUGAUGAAAACACUCUUUAAGUGGUUACACGGGGCUACCUAUCAUUUUUCUGGUUAUUCUUGCAUAUCUUUCUGAGUCUGCAUACGCUUUGAUCUACUUUUACAUGAUAUGAUUAUCCAAUUAAAAUGUAGAAAUUUGAUUUCCAAUAAAUAACAAUGAAAAAACUUUCUUAGACUCGCAUUUGAUAAAUGUUUGGCAUAUAACAUGUCGAGGUCAACCAGUGCGGUAAUGUGAUUAAUAGGUUGGUAUUCAAACCAUCUCCAAAUAAAUACUAAUGUAACAUCAAAACUGGUGAUCUGUGAUCAUAUUUACUCACGGUAAUGUGAACCACAUGAUUGAAAAAAAAUGGUUCUAACUAUCUAAGAUACCUCAUUAGCAGUUUGAUGGGCGGCAUCGAUGGUUAAGCACUUUAUUGCUACUCCAGAUAGACCGCAAACUAUGCUGUGAAAUCGACAUAUCGAUGUUCAUGGAUUGUUCAUCUACACAAGGUGUCGUUUAUGUUAACAAAAGAAAUCUGCAUCUUGUUCGUUUUCUUUACAAAUCUGUUUGUCCGGUUUAUGUUGGGUUUCUUCUGAUUUAUCUUCUUACAUUCUGUUUUUAU